AUGUUGCCGUUGAUCCUUUUACUAGCAUUGACAUGGCGGUGUAGCGGAGAGGACCGUGUACCAAAUAUUCCAGACACUCUCAGGACUGCCACAACCCAAGACAUACUGUCUGCUAACUAUGAUGUUGUGAUAUUCCUGAACGAUGACAUCUUCAAUCUGAAGGAUGAAUUUCAGGACAUCGGUGAGGCUCUUGUGCAAUACAAUGGGGUAGGUCAUCAGUGGUGAAUGAGAAAUAUCCUCUAUAAUUUUUCCCCAAAACAGAGAACAUAUCAAACAGGGCUUGCUCUUCUAUGCUUUCUUGUUUAAAAUGUUAAACAUUGCAUUUGAAAAAGCCUGCCAGAUUGCGCGCUACAGACUUUUUAUAGUCUGUAUAAAUGAGAGUAGCUUGGCGUGCGGUCUUCUUUUCCAUUUGCCUAGCCAUAACCUGACGGCAGAUCUUAUGUAGUACCUAUCUCGCCAACGGCCCUUUUUUCAUGAAGGUUCUUCGUCUGUCGUCUCCGUCUAGUCGUCUUAGGGGAAACAAAAUUUGGAAUGAUUAUACUGGUUCGUAAAACUAGACAGUUCAGCAACAGUUCUGAGGAUGAGGAGUCCACGUGCAACAUGCGAUCUUAUUUUAUUGAAGUUUAGAUUUUUCCUCCCUAGUGCAUCAGCAGCCAUUCUGUCAGAUGAAGCCUUCAUCACAAAUAUCCAUAUUUUUUAAGGUUUUCGCCUCGAACUUCGAAUAUAAGGGAAACAAGACGAAAACUGUUGUCAAGUCGUGUAGACAGGGUUGGAUAAGCAACGAUUAUUCUCUGGCAGACAUCGUGCGAUUUAAAAGGCGAUUUGGGAAGAUUUUAAUAAUCCAAGUGAUUAACCAUCUACAAAGAAUUCGGCGACCUCGUUGAGGAUCGAACCUAAGACAAAUAAGAAAAGGCUUUAUUAAAGUCAACUCUCUAGCCAUCCGUGUUAUGUGACUCUGAGCGGGGGCCGUGAGUUGACUGAGUGUUGGAUCAAGGCGUCCACUCAACCUACCACAUCCUGCGGAAUCUACUAGUUAUGACACGGCUGGAUGACUGCCCAAACAUACUCUACUGAGUGACCAACUUAGCAUUAACCGAAUGAAUACCAGGGUUGAAUUUAUAACAGAUACUGUACCGAAGCGACUCCAGUGCAUUUUCUACGACUGGGUCGGUUGAAUUGCAUUGUUUACAGGAAACCUUUUAAUCCCCUAUAGCGCAAAAUAAGCUUUUUCUAGUAAUCUUUGCCUAUUUGCUUCUACGUAAUAAUUUACUGGUAUUAAACUUAUAAAUGCAUUCUUAACCGAACUUCAUCUUUUCUAGCUCGAUUCCACAACUCCAAACAAGAUGCAAGUUGUCCCAUUCCUGAAGCAUCCGAAUAAGAGAAUGGUAAGGAGAAUGCAUUCGCUGGUGUUAUUUUAGUUUUAAGCAGUAAACUUCAGGACUGAAUGAAUUAUUAUUAAUAAUUGGUUUAUAAAGCUCGAGAAAUUGCAACUUUCUGCCAAUCCGGGCCUGGAUCGGUCCGAUUCUGGACUGAAACAUAUCGUCCCCUUCUCUUUCCAGAUAUUCGCUCCCACGGGUCGACUAAACACAGAUAUCUCUGACAGUCGACAGAUCUACAGCACAGCCCAGGAUGCAGCGAAGCUGUAAGUCACUCCGGUCCAUUCGGUUUCGAGAUCAUCCGACUUACAUAACAAGCACUGUUUGUCCUGAAAUUGAACCAUAUUACUUCGGGAAUUCGCAGUUUUUAUCCUCGUUUGAUCUUUAUAAUUGCAUGAUAAGUGCCUGUCAGCCUGUUGCAAACUAGUAUCCUGUUGAAAAUCAAUCGUUACCAACUGUGUGUGAAUUUGUUUACUUUAUUUUUUUGCAGCGCUUUCUCUCUUAACCUCCGAAGGCCGCUGUUUAUGUUGGGUCCGCUGGAGUCCUCGACAAAGGCAAACCACACUUGGAUGAAGGCCGAUUACCCAAAACUCCUUAUGACUUUGGGCGCCCUACAAGGCUAUUACACGGUACGCCAAAGAAAAAAUCCAACCAUUUUUUCUGACAACAGCAGGAACCUCUAGCUAGCUAAAAUGAAAGGAGAAGGAGUUGAAAAGCCUAUAAUUACAAGAAAACUUGACAUAGACCUAGGACGUUUGGCUGCCUCAGAGUUUAUUCUUCGCAAUUCUUCUCGAUUUUAAGUAUUUUAGUCGUAUCCUGGGUGUUUAAUCAUUCAACUGGCCUGCCCAUUUGUAUAUCCGCAGUUUACAUUAUCGGAAAAGGAUUAGGGCCUAAUUAGUUUGCGUAAUUUAAGGAGCAGGGCAUUUGGCCAGAACACAGACCGCUCUCUAUAGAAGCGGAUACUGCUUCAUACGCUUAUACAGCAAAAUACCUGACUUACGUAUGAAUGAUGGCAUUCUGAAUAUAUUAUAUGAAUGCUUAUUUUCAUAUAUUCGGCCAGAAUGCAGCUCGCAAGCUAAGUACGACGUCCUCUGAGUGGUCGGAGCCGGUGAAAAAUUCCUGAAAAUAUCGGAAUCAGUUUCAAGCGUUGUACUUUAAAGAGCAUAACUACAUCGGAGCGUUCAGGAAUAAUCUAGGAAAUUAAGUAAAGACCCCACCUGCAGCCCUGUUUAACAGAACGCUUUCACAGUAAGUAGUGAUUUCUUACAGUUAACCGUGUAAGAUGGGGGCCUUAGCUCGGGCGUACAAACUGAAUGUAUUAGUAUAUUAGGUGAUGUAGUCGCAAUUAUCGUUUAUGAUGCUGACUUUCGAACUUCGGAUUCCAGCGAACCUUCCCUGGGAGCGACUCAAAUCUGUGCUGGCUGGCAUCCGAGUUAAGAGAUCUUCAGCCAUGCCAGGCUUGGUUGUUGGGCACUUAACUGGCCUGCAAGUUCGUAUUCCUGUAGUUCGCAUACUCGAAAAUGAUGUUUACUAAAUUAAUUUGAAAAGUAGAACGAGCUGGAUAUUUAGCUGGAAGAUGAAGCAUUCUCUGUAAGAGAACAGUCCUUCAUAUACUUCUACGGCAAACGACCUGACCUGUAGUUUAAUUUUACAUGAUUGUUUUUUCUUACAUUUAGCCAUAUAUCAAGCGCCAGCUGGGCUACGACCCGCAAACCAAGUACGAUGUUCUCGGAAUUGUUGGAGCCGACGAGGAAUUUAUCAAAAUAGUUGGAGCAAUCGAAAUGGCCCGUAUAGUCCAUCGUGAUACGUGCGCCUCGGAUCCUGAAAGGAUGGCUGCACCGUCGAUCGAGAAGUACUACAAGCGGGAAUUCGAUAACCAGACCGUCAAGGCGUCUUACUAUGGAAUGGAUGCUGACAGAUGGCCACUGUGCGCGGCAGUCAACAGAGCCGUUCAGGGUCAGUUGAGUGCUUCUCCACGAAAUGCAAAGUUUUGUGCCUUGUUAGUUGGCAAAUUCUAAUAGCACUGUACUGUGCUCUGUGAAAGGCCGGAGAGCUUCCAACAAGAGCCUAGUUAUUUCCCCAUGCAUUAGUUAAGCUCAAUGACUUGAAAUCUAGUUGAUGUCAUUCCAUUUACUUCUUAAGGUGUGGAUAAAUACGAGGGACGGGUGAUUAACCUCGAGUAUGUGGGCGAGGACUUCAACGACACGACAGACGACACCGUCCUUUUUGUCGGCAAGGGCAUCACCUAUGAUACCGGUGGUUCAGAGCUCAAAACCGGUGGCAACAUGAAGUACAUGCGCAAGGAUAAGUGCGGGGCCACCUCCAUCGCGGGCUUCUUCAAGGCACUGGAUCUCCUAAAACCGAGUCACUUUAAGGCGAAGGCAUAUUUGGCCUUCGUACGCAAUGGAAUUGGUGCGAACGCCUACGUCUAUGACGAGAUAAUCACCACAAAGGCGGGAAUCCGCACUCGUAUCGGCGCUCCGGACGCUGAGGGCAGGAACGUCAUGACAGACAUGUUUUAUGAUGCGGUACAGGAUGUAAGCGCCCCUAUGCCAUCCUUGUUAUUAACCUGUUCAUACGCCUCUGUAACGGCUUUUUUCCGUCCUAUUUGUAUCCAUUAUGUGUACCGCCUGCAUUUUGUACAAAUUACCUCCAAUAGCGUAACAAAAUUUUAUAUUCUGGAUAAAAUUAAGUAGGUAUGGAGUUGAUGUCUUUUCUCGUUUGGAAAUUGUUGUCAAUGUUUCUGCAUGAAGUGGGAGUUUUAGGCAAAAAAAUUGGGUAGGGUCCCUGUUGGUAGCCCUCCCGGCUAAUUGCUCUACACUUUGCUUACUACAACAUUCGCAUCUAGCACACAACUACUGCUUCAGUUUCUAAAAUACAUGUGGCCUCAGUGGCAAUAAAUUAUUAUUUUCGGAAAAUCAGGAACGCCCAACCCAAUCUGGAGCUAGGAUGCAUUCAUUCCACAGACCGUACUCAGUAUCCACGUUCGUUUUUAUAUCUUUCUUUCAUUUUUCGCCAUAUUUAAUUUUGGCUACGACUUUAUCAGGGGCAUCAAUUCGGGGCAUACACUAUAAACGUCAUUGACGCCUGCACACAAGUGCCCCAUCCGUAUAUCUCCCAUUACCACUGGCCCCGUAAGAUAGGUAGCCGGGCGAGUUCAGUACCGGGAGGGCUACCAACAGGGAUCCUACCAAAAAUUGUUUAUCUUGGCUAAUAGGCCAGAAACGGUCAUCCCAGUCUCCUUUGCCUUUCUCGUGGCAUGGCUGUUCAUUGAUUCGAUUAUGAAACGUGCUUUUCUCAUCGCGCCCUGAGGCUCACUUUAGAGCCCUCGCAGUCAGUUGCAUAACGACCAAUAAUGAUAGAGAAAGAAGACCGAUAUAGACAAGGGUGACAGCGAUGUACUUUUUUUUACUUCUUAACCGCUCGGAUAUUUUCUGGUCUUAAAGUUCUCUUUCCUUUGUUCUUUUUCCAAAAAGGCAGAAAAUGCGACCCAUCCGCAUAUUUAUACGAUUGCAACACUAACGGGAGCUGUUGGAAGGGCCUUCAAACAUUUCACGGUAAGGAGAAGAAUUACAGUCAUUUCCAAGUAUAUAAAAUCAGGCCCAGUUCAUGCAUUUAUUCGUCUCUUCAUUCAGACACUGGUUGAGAUGCAGUAACCGUAUGGAGGCAGUUUCAGACUGUUCAAGGGCCUAUUUCUUUUUCAUGCCCCAGCAUCUAACUUCGUUGAAGUGAAAAGGCGCCUCAGUCAAGCUGUUUAAUUUUUUUCUCUUUCAGGCAAUGCUAGGUAACGGGCCCUCGCGUAGAAUGAAAAACACAGACAUAAUGGAAACGGCGGGCUACAAUAUCGCUGACUUCGUUGAGGUAAAAUAAUCUUCCGGAACUAAAGUUACCAUACCGUAAGGUGUAACAGCAGCAGGUUUUGAAAAUUACAAACUCUAGAUGCAAACCAGGUUUAGUUGGUUUGUAGAAAUCAACCCAAUACUGAAGCAUUCCUUACCAACUUCCAAAAUUGCGGCAUUUUGAAAAAAAAAACUUUUUUCCACAUUUCAUAAAGAAAAACACUCUGCGCAAAGAGGACUACGAAGUUAACCGACCCCAAACAGAUGACGAGUUUGACCUCCUGCAAUUCAACAACGCUCCGGAAACCGCGAAGUACAGGGGCUUUCAACUGCCGGCAGGCUUCAUGGCAGUUGCAUCUGGUCUGGAUGAUGUAGGUCUCCGAAAAGACGCUCACAGACAUUUAUUACUUCAAUGGUGAAGUUUAGAUUGUCACUUCGGAUCUUUAAGUUAGGAUUUUAAAACUUUGCAGAUAAGUUUCUUUAGAGUAAAUACUGUCAUUUACUGUCGCGAUUCGGCAGUACUGUUCACGUCCAGUCUCAUCAGUACAUAGAAAUCAAGUAACUUGGUCUCGAGAUGCCAUAUCGGAACUGAGACAAAUUCUUCAUGUCCAGGCAAUGCUGAUACAACCAGCACUUAGAUUUUCUUUUAUUUUUGUACAUUUUGCUCCUGCAUAUGCUAUUUUAACGAUUGUACUUUGAUUAUAGUGGGGCUACCAGGCACGUGAAAACAAAAUUCCUUACACCCAUUUGGAUGUGUCCGCCAGUGUCGGCGUGAAACACAUGGAAGCCACCGGAACGCCGACCAGCCUCUUCAUCAGUCGAUACAUUCUGCCAAAACUGAACGCCACCAAGUUCCCUCUUGACACCAACCCCAACAAUUACUAG